CGGAAACCCCAAAUGAUACUCGACUGUGUCUGUGUGAGGUUAUUUUUGUCGUUGGGUUGAAGACGAAUGGCGGACUCGGUUUGGUGAUUGAACGGUUGGAUAGAGGAGAUCAUCGUUAAAGAUGUUUUUGUAAAUAUAUUUUAAUAAAAUCAGUUCUCUAAACGCUCGUUUUGUUUUGUAUACGCGAAUCAGCCCUUCUGCUAGUGUGACUACAUGCUAGCCAAUGUUAACUUAGUCAGCGUACGUCGUUUUUUGUUUUGGAAACGUCAAGGAAGCCAGGAGGCCAUUUUGAGGCCUUGUGAAAUCAACGAAGCCUUCACGUCUGUAAUUUCCUUUCUUUUUUCAUGGUUGUGUUCUCCGAGGAGCGUGUGACUUGGAUAUCUGGACUUGCGUUGACAUUGGACUGGGUUGCCUAACUUGGUGGCCAAUACAUGGUUGCUCAAUUGACCAUUUGGACUUUUCGGUCACUCGUUCAAGGGACUUUAAACGAAACCUGAUGCCAACUGAGAUUUCUACAAUUGCUUUCUUGGAACUGUUAACAUUAACGUUAACUUUACGGACAGUUGAGCAACGACAUUUCAUUGUAUCGAAAAUUGGGACAUUUUUAUUUUGCGGUGCUUCAUUCUGAAAGCAUCGCAUGGACUCUUGUGACGAAUGCUUCUGGAAGAUCAUUUGUUGUCAUGGCACUGAUUGUGGCGAACUGAAAAAAAGAAUUUAUUCAAGAUACAAAUGACAAGGUUUCUUAACCAUUGAGUUAGUUGUAGGUAGUACACAUCCGUGGGGAAUACACCCGCUAAUAUUUUCUUUAUAUUUGUUGAUUUUACACUAGUUCUGUCUAUUGUUGGGUGGGUAGAAAGCUAACUGUGGGUAGCAAGCUACCAUCAACUUGCCACCCGCACAAUUUUGGCCAUGUUUGGGGCCGAGAUUAGCAGUUAGCAAAAUGGGGAACCCAUAGGGUUUGUUGCUAGCGCAUUAGCUCGCAUAGCUAAUCGACUGGUUUUGUGUGUUUUAGCAUUGUAUGCAGACUGUCGAACAAGUUAAUAGAGCCAUUCUAACAUAACCCACAUUCGAGAUAUAGUUGACAUUAUUUUUGUUGGUUAGCAGCUAAUCGAUAGCAACGAAUUUUUCCAACAUGUCGUGUGUUCAUUACAAGUUUUCAUCAAAGCUAAACUAUGACACGGUCACAUUUGAUGGCCUUCAUAUCACGUUGAGUGAUCUGAAAAGACAGAUCAUGGGCCGGGAGAAACUCAAGGCUGCUGACUGCGACCUACAGAUCACCAACGCCCAGACGAAAGAGGAAUACACUGAUGAUGCAGCACUUAUACCAAAAAAUUCUUCAGUCAUCAUUAGACGUAUCCCAAUUGGUGGUGUCAAGGCAACAAGUAAAACCUUUAUUAUUGAUCGAUCAGAAACUUCAAGUGGACCAUCAAAAGCAAUUGAUGAUUCUCCUUCAACAAUUUCAUUGGCCCAGCUCUCAAAGACCGCCAAUCUUGCGGAGGCGAAUGCAUCUGAGGAAGAUAAAAUUAAAGCCAUGAUGUCACAGUCCAAUCAUGACUAUGAUCCCGUGCAUUACAUGAAGAAGCUUGUAGGACCUCCUCCUCCAAACUACACUUGCUUUCGAUGUGGGAAGAAUGGACACUACAUCCGCAAUUGUCCAACAAACGGGCAGGACAAAAGUUUCGAGGCUCCACAACGUAUCAAAAAAAGCACAGGAAUCCCUCGAAGCUUCAUGAUGGAGGUGGAUGACCCAAGCAUGAAGGGAGCGAUGCUUACAAACACAGGCCGCUACGCCAUCCCCACCAUAGACGCGGAGGCCUAUGCUAUCGGGAAGAAGGAGAAGCCGCCAUUCCUCCCUCAGGAGCAGUCGUCAUCCUCGGAGGAAGAGGACCCUGUUCCGGACGAACUGCUCUGCCUCCUCUGCAAAGACCUCAUGACUGACGCAGUGGUAAUCCCCUGCUGUGGGAACAGCUACUGUGACGAAUGUAUCCGUACUUCUUUGCUGGAGUCGGAGGAGCACACCUGUCCCACCUGUACCCAAUCAGACGUCUCCCCAGAUGCCUUAAUCGCCAACAAGUUCUUACGCCAAGCGGUGAACAACUUCAAAAAUGAGACCGGGUAUACCAAGCGGAUCAGGAAGGCCAAUCAGGCCCAGGCGAUGGCGCAAGCACCCCAGCCCCGUCUUCAGCGCCCCGUCCAGGCUGUCCGGCCCCCCACCUCUCGCCAGCAGGACCCUCUGAUGGCCAACAUGCCGCCCCGGCCUGCGGCUGCCAACACCCCUCCUCACGUUCCAGCAGCAGCCGCCUCUGCGCCGGCACCGUCAUCUGCCACCCAGCAGGCUUCCAGCACCCCCCCUCCAUCCAGCACCAACCCCUUGGUGAGCAGCAGUGCCUCCCCCAGUGCAGGCAGCUACAGUCCUGCAGUGUCCUCUCCCCCGCGCCCUGUCAAGCAGGAGGACAUCCCAGUCCCUAGCAGGGAGCCUGACCCAAUGGUACCAGUACCAUCUGUGACUGUCUCCACUGAUCAGUCUGGUCCACCUCCUCUCAUUCCAAAGGGAUUCCAGGUUCAAGUACUUGGACAGCCACACCAGCUUGGGCACUCUAUGCAGAGAUCAGGCCACCCAGGAGGACCACCACCUGUGAGAUCCAGUGGCCCCAGGCAAAGUGGUCGAUCCGGAUGGGAUCCCCCCUCUGGUAGAGGAAGGAUGCACAAUGACCGGCCUCCACGCUCGCAAGCACCCCCUGUGCAGCCGCCACCACAGCCACCCCAACAGCAGCCGCAGCAGCCCCCACUGCAGCCUCCUCCUGUGGCUCCCCACGUGUUUGGGGUCGCUCCUCCCGCCCUCUAUGCCCCACCUCAGCUUCCCAUGCCUCAGCCACCGAACAUGGUGCCCCCACAGUACCCGAUGCCGUUCAACCCCGGCCAGCCGCCUGCACCCAGCUACAAUGUCCCCCCUCCUGGUUAUCCCCCAGCCUUGCCCAAUGUGCCUGCUCCUUGGGUGCCACCCGGAACCCAGCCUCCUGUAGCUACCCCUGUGCAACCAACACCGUUCCUGUCCAGGGAGGAGUUCUACCGGCAGCAGCGGAGGCUUAAAGAGGAUUCGCAAUGUCGAUUCGUUAACACCAGGGAGAAGUCUAAAUUGGAGAAGUUUACCAAUGACUUUGCCAAGGAGCUCCUGGAAUAUAGAAAGAUUCAAAAGGAGAGGAGACGAUCCUAUUCUAGGUCCAGGUCUCCAUACAGAGGCUCAUCCUACAGCGGGUCAUCUUACAGCUACUCCAAGUCUCGCUCUAGGUCCCGUUCGAGGUCUCGAUCAUACUCCCGAUCGAUCAGCCGCUCUCGCUCCCGGUCACGCUCUCGCUCCUAUUCUCGCUCGCCUUACUCCCGCCGUGGAAGGCCCCGCAGCCGUAGCUACCGCUCCAGGUCCCGAUCGCAUGGCUACCAUCGCUCCCGCUCCCGUUCCCCCUCGUUCCGUGGUCGAGACAGUGGGCCAGUGAGUAGUGCGCCCUACCGGUCACGCUCAAGGUCACCACCACCAUACAGGACCCACAGCCCCAACAAGAAGCUCGGCCCUCCACCACUCCUUGACCUUGACCGUGACCGCAAGUACCCAGGGCGGUAUAGAGACCCAAUCCCAUACGACCUCAAAGCCUGCUAUGGACGGGAAGUGGAUAUGAGCGACCCCUAUGAGAGGGAAAGGUACAAGCAGUGGGAGAGGGAGUAUCGCGAGUGGUAUGAGAAGUACGGAAAGUCCUACCACAACGCUCCAUCUGAUCAGCCCAGAGGCCGGGCACCCUUAGUGUCGAGGGACCCGUACACCCCUGAGCGUUUGCCCUUGAUGCGCCAAAGAGAGAAUUCUCCCUAUGCACGGGGGCGCAGAGAUGACUACUCUCCACCUUCCCAGGGUCACUCAAGCAGUGGAAGCGGAGGACCUAGAGGUCGCAACUCAGCCGCCGCCGCCGCAGCGGCAGCGGCAGCAGCAGCAGCCGCCGCAGCAGCACUCACAUACCAGGAGCGGUGUGCUAAGGAAUAUGGCCUCCUGCCGUUACCCACUGCUGGGCCCAGCAGAAGGAGCAUUGGCAAGGAGCCCCUGAAGGGGCCCAAAGACAGAGAGCCGCUCCUCAGCAGUACAGCUGUCGACCCCAAAGGCCUGAAGCACAAGAAGCACAGAAAGAAGAGGAAGGGUGACGACGGCGAUAUGUUCAGCCACUCUGACUCCAUGGACGACACGAGAAAAGAUGAGCGCAAAGGGGAUGGUCCUCUGAUGGCCUCCAGUCGUGAUGAUGCCACGCCGGUCAGAGACGAGCCCAUGGACGGCGCUGCAGUUCCUUACAAAAGCGCUUCAGACAAGGAGAGGAAAGAAAAAACAAAGGGCAAAGUAGAGAAGGUGAAGCGGAAAACUGAGAACAGUGCCUCAAAGAAAGAAACAUCUGGGAAGGCUACCAAGUCCUCCCGGGAUAAAGAGAUGGACGCGGAGCGUGAUUCUAAGACUUCUCCGUCCGAGCCUCCUUUCAAACGAACCAGAGAAGACCCUCCUCACAAAGCAGAGACCAUCAAGCCAUCGUCUUCGGUGAAAGAAGAGAAGGCUCCAUUGUCUCGCAAAGUACCAAGACCAGCAAAACACCAUCAAGACUCUAAAACGGUCAAAGAUGAACCAAAGGCCAAGAAGGACCUGGUAAAAGACUCGACAACCAAACCAGAGAAAGUUCUGACCAAAGAGGUUAAGUCAAAGAGGGACAUUGAGAAAGCCAUCAAGACUGAGGAGAAGCCAUCUGUCAAGACAGCCGAAAUCAAGCAGGAGAAAAGGAGAAGGAAAGAUGAUCCAGGUUCAGGCAAAGAGCUUGAUUUGAGCUCCGUGAAGUCUCCACGAGUAGAUGUUCCUGAUAUGGCCAAGGGCUCACCAAAGCCCAAAGCUAAACCAGAGACUGAGAGGCCAUCGGACAAGGAGAAGGAGAAGGAGAAGGUAAAGCCUGCAAUCCCACCUCUGAUGGACAUCAAACCAGGGCCUCUGAGGAAGAUCAAGAUCAACCGUGAGAUUGGGAAAAGGAUCAGCACGGACACGGCACCUUCACCUGAAGCCGUUGACGUCCCCCCAAAGAGCCGACCCGACAAGACGAGGGGAAAGAUGCGCCGGAGAGUGCAGGCUGCUGACGGUUCGGUCCUGGUGGACUACACGAGCACUAGCUCAACUGGAGGUAGUCCCAUCAAACGGAUGGAAGACAAGGCCGAUUUGAGAAAGACCGUAGUAAAGACCCUUGAAGAAUACACCAAUGACCGCACUUCAGCUGCUGAGGAUGAGAUUGUCUUGAUCCAAGUGCCACGCUCCAAGUGGGAAAAGGAGGACUUUGAGUCAGAAGAUGAUGAGUCAAAGGAAAUGGCACUGAAUCGCAAUGGCAGUCGUGCUGGAUCGGAUGCCCCUCAAAAGCCACUCCCUACUACUUCUGCUGUGAAGGUGAAUGAUCAGGCAACACCCCCAGCAGAGAAGGCUCCUGCUGCUUCCAAGGAAAGCCAGAUUGAAGCCAAGCCAAGUAAAGACUCCACACCUACUGACCGGGAGAGGGAGGAGAAGAAGGAGCCGGAGAGAGACAGGGAGAGGGAUAAAGAAAAGGAACGGGAGCGGGAACGAGAGAAGGAGAAGGACAAGGAGAAGGACAAGGAGCGGGAAAAAGAGCGAGAGGACCGAGAGCGAGGGAGGGAGAGGGAGCGAGAGCGCCCUGCUUCUGACCGCGAGUCUUCCGAGAAGAGGAAACCCCUCGGGUCCAAUGGUGACCGGGACCGGGAACGAGAACGCACCCAGGAACGAAGCAGUGACCAUGGCAGCGAAAAGGGCUCCUCAUCCUCGACCCAGUCUUCCUUCCGAGACCGACAGUCAGACAGACCUGAUCCAGCCUCCCGCAAGCCUGUCGGCAGGGAUCACACCGCUGCCUCCUCCACUGACCGCAGGGCCGACCACCGCUCGGGUGGCCGGGAUCACCCCGAUACCAAACCCAAAGACGGCAAGCCUAGAGAGCCCGCUAGGAGGAGGGAUUCCCCACCUCCCGUUUCAAGAGGAAGGGACCGGGAGGCUCACACUGACGCGGCCAAGCGCUCCUCCGCCAGCGAUGCCCACAGUACUGAGCCAACCGACAGGCGGCAGCACCAGAGCGCGCCCGAGUCAAAACGUGCUGCUCCCGAGGAGCACAGGACUGAGCGGCCGGUGAGCAGAGAGGGCCAGAGCACAAGGCAUGUGGACAGUCGCCCCAACCGGGAACGGGAGCACAGCGGCCACCGCACCCCUGACAACAGGAUGUCUUCACCUGAAGUUCGGGUCGACAGUGCAAGAGGGCCCCCCGCCCCUGCCCCUGCCAUUGCUACAUCACGGGUGGAGAGAGAUCACCCCAAAGUCAAGCCCCCAUCAGCCCGUUCCGCACGACUCUCGUCCGACCUGGGCCGGGAGACGGACGAGGCUGCUUUCGUGCCGGACUACAGCGAGAGCGAGAGCGAGGCCUCGGACACUGAGAGCAGGGCGGAGGCUAGAGGACGAGAGCGCGAGGGCGACAGCAGCGCCUCGCCCAGCCAGAGCCAGAGUCCCGCCGGCAGCCACGCUCGCAGCAGCAGCGCCAGCUCCACCGGGAGCCAGCCAGACAGCAAAAAGAAAAAGGACAAGAAGGAGAAAAAGGAGAAGAAGAAGCAUAAGAAACACAAGAAACACAAAAAGCAUAAGAAGCACGUGGGCAACGAGUCCGACGCGGAGCAGAAGGCACAGAAACACAAGCAUAAGAAAAAGAAAUCGAAAAAGAGCAAGGACAAAGACAAGGACGAGAAGGAGAGAGCAGAUGACCAAAAGGAGGAUAAAGUGUCUGUAUGAGAAUAUUCAAGUUGAACCUCGGACAUUAUCCACACUUUUUCUUGUUUUGUUUUAUUUUUUAUUUCUUAAAUGUGGAUGUAGAUAUGCAGACUUUACUUUCUCCUCUAGCAAGGACUACUGCUCUGCUCAACAUUUUCAGACUUUGGGAACUGCUCACCAACUUAAUCUUUGACCAUGCUCAUAUUGAAUGCAGUUGUUAUGAAGUUUACUACUUGAAUGAUUAAGAUUGAUGCGUUCUCUUAGACACCUAGGGCUCCUUACAAAUGACUGUUUUAAUUUUGUUUUAUGUAUUUAUUUUUUGGUUUCCUCAAGUUUCAAUGAAUUUGGUUACAAUUCCACAUACCAUUUAAAAAAAGAAUAAUUUGAACAAUAUGUUGUAGAGGAAGCACUUUAGAGAUGUGAAAAAUGAAUGUUGCUGCCUUGUUGCAGCUGGAAAUCCAUGCCCUUUUCAUACCUCGUAUCUUACAUAGUCUAUUGAAAAAAGAAGAAGAAAUCAUAUCAUAAUUAUGCCAUUAUGAAAGCAUUCAUACUUGUGGAACUGGAUAGUGAUCUUUUGGCAUCGGGCACAUAAUAAGGGUGUGGGCUGAUUUUUGCACUGUGAAUAUUUCCUCUACUCUGAAAACAAAAUAAAAAUAUUUUAUUUUACAUAGCCUUCACAUUUAAUUUAAUUUAGCUGUUUUUUGUUUUGUUUUGUUCUUUUUUUGAGUUUUGAAGGUUAAUAAAGUUUUUUUGCAGCAAAUUAAAAAAAA